UGCUAUUCUUCUGGAAGUGUUGAUAGCAAUUGUGUACUAUUUGUGAGAUCUAUUUUGUUUUUCCAUUUUCUGGUUUCAAAAUGGCACAUUCUGGUGGAGUCGUCGAAUCGGUUGUUGAAGAAAAGAAUGAAGCUGAAAAAUUAAUAGAUAGAGAAAAAACAUGUCCUCUGUUAUUGAGAGUCUUUUUGAACAAUGGGCGCCAUCAUUCAUUCACUGAAUAUACUCGAGGAAAUGUUCCCUCUAAUGAGCUUCAAAUUUAUACUUGGAUGGAUGCAACUUUGAAGGAAUUGACUGGUUUAGUGAAAGAAGUCAAUCCUGAUGCCAGGAGAAAAGGAACUUACUUUGACUUUGCUCUGGUAUUCCCAGAUGUUAGAGGACCUGGCUAUAGAAUGAGAGAUAUUGGUACUACAUGCUCUGGGGAAAAGGGGGUGGAUGAUAAUAAAACUCUGGCAGCUUGCCGUUUCAAAAUUGGUGAUUACUUAGACAUAGCUAUAACACCUCCAUCAUCUAGAGGGCCUACUUCUUCAAGAAGAGGAAGACAAAAUUAUUAACAAUUUGUCUGAUUUUCACUUUUGUAAAGAAUUUGAAAAUAUUAUGUUAUGAAUAAAUUUGUAUAUUUAUGUUUGUAA